CGCUCUGCCGCUUGUCGUUGAUUUUGUGAAACGGCAGCCCCCGUUCUCCCGGGCAGCUCAGUGAGGAGCGCCGUGUGCGCGUGUGCGUGUUCCUAGGGAAGCCGCGAUCCUGUAACGAGGCUUGGGUAGGGAGAUACGGGCCAAGGGAACGGUGCUGCUGUGGGUGGCUCGUGACCAGCGCGAUGCGGCGGUUAAAUCGACGUGAGCGCCUGCAGGAGCAGGUCAAGCAGCUGGACGUGUUCCCCAAAGUGGAGCCCGACAUGGACAUUCAGACGACCUCCAUCUCCGGUGCCGUUGUCACCAUCAUUGUCGGGUUGGCCAUUGUCGGCCUCAUCUUUACCGAGCUCAUGUAUUAUCGCACGGUGGAUGUGGUGUACGAGUACGCGGUGGACACGGACCUCGAUCCGCAUAUGAACUUGACGGUGGACAUGACCAUCGCCAUGCCCUGUGAGAAUUUCGGGGUGGAUUACAUUGACGUCUCGGGCCGGUCGACCGAUGCGCUACAGUUUAUGGCGGUGGAGCCAGCCCACUUCAAGCUCUCCCCCAACCAACAAGAAUGGCUCGAUCAAUGGGCCGAGGUCAAGGCUCAGGAGGGCAGCAAGGGGUUGGACUCGCUUCAUCGUUUCCUGUAUGGAUCCAAGCGUGAGCCAAUGCCAACUGCGGCGCCAGAGAUUGACGCAGAGCCCGAUGGCUGCCGGGUGCAUGGCACCAUGCCCGUCGCGCGAGUAUCCUCCAACUUUCACUUUUCCGCGGGCAAAAGUGUUCACCACGCCUCGGGCCACGCCCACGUGCCGAUUGACCCCAACCAAAAGACUAUCAACUUUAGCCACCGCAUUGACCGCUUCUCCUUCAGCUCGGAGCAACGAGGGGCCAUGGCGUUGGAUGGUGACAUGAAGGUAUCCGACUCGAACAAGCAAUUGUUCCAGUACUUUCUGAAGGUGGUUCCCACGACGACCAAACGCAUGGACGAGGCCGAGCCCUUUCGAUCCAACCAAUAUUCUGUGACGGAGCAACACCACAUUUUGGCGGCUAACGAACGCAAGCUUCCAGGCAUUCAUUUCAAGUAUGAAAUUGAGCCUAUUGGCGUCCUGGUCCAUGAACAGGCUGUUUUGGACAAGCGUCAGCGACAGCUGGUGCCGAGCGUUGUGGCGACGCUACGUGGAUUUCUUCUUCAGGAGCCUCGUAAGUUGCCUGCGUUUGUGAGUCGCAGUAAUCAGGAGCAGCUCGUCGAUUACUUGGAACAUGGGCAAACUCUCAUUGCAACCUGCUGGGUUGACACGACUGACGAUGUUUUUGGCCAGCUGCGCCGCUGGCUCGUUAGCAAAGCGUCGGCCUUUCUGCUGGCUACCAACAAGGAUGGCAUGAAUGUGCUCACCCUUCUGGCGCAGCAUGGCCGCCUGGAGCGUGUGCAGCUAGUUCUCGAGCUGAAUCCAGAGCUCAUCGCCACUCUUCUAUUGCCGCCUCGAGCCAAGGCGCGGACCGCCAAGGUCGCGACCAAGGCAUCACCUCGAGCCAACCCGCGAGCAAAUGCCGCUUCCAGCCAGGAAGCGGGGCCUCGCUCGCGGUUACGUCCCCAACGUUCUACCCCAACCCUCGCACUUGCCCCUCAAGCGGGCCGUUCAACAAGCCGCCCGUCGAGUCGUGGUCAAAAACCGUCUCGCGCUGCUGCCCCCUCAUCAAGAGGGCCCGUGCCGACACCCAUUGAAGCCGCUUUGGAAGCUGGUCAUCAUGACGUGGCCCUGCUACUGCUACAGGCGGCCCGUUCCCACGUCCAGCCCGCAGACCUGACACGCCUGCUGGUUCCGCCCCGCCUGGACGGCCUUUCGUUGCUACACCUAGCAGCCCGUCAAGGUGCCACUGAUGUGUGCCAGUUGCUCCUACAAGCCCACACUCCUGACCUGAACGAUACCUGCAAUCGCACGCCAAGUCCCUUUGCUUUGGCACGACGACACCAACACGAGGCUACCAGCCGGCUAUUAGCUGGCCAUGUACUGCUCCCGGUCCUCGCGGCCUUUGCAGCCCGCCGCAUUCUGGAUCGUCGCGAAGCCGCAGCUGCCAAAAUUCAGCGGUGGUUCUCAGCGGUCCGGCAUGUCCGUGCAGCUCGGGCCCAACUGGAGCGUCUACGUGCCUUCCAAGCAGAGCUUACUACUCAGCUGCGUCUCCUGGACCAGGGCUCGCUGGAGGUCUCGGAUCAACUCGACGUGCUCAUGAAACAAGCCACAGAGUUGCAGAUGACUUAUCUUGUCAGCCGCUUGACCUCGGGCGCGAUGGCCUUGACUGAGUCCCAGCUCCAUGCCACUCUCUCAAAGCUCGAUACAGCCCUGCAGGCGACGGACGAUUUAGCAACCAAGCUGCCGGCUGAGGCGCCGGCAUGGUUUGCCCUGCUCUUUGGGCGGGAACCGCGUCGCGUGCUGCAAGCUCUCCUGCCACGCCUUGCACAGCAGCCCAACUUUCUUUCAGCCUUGUUUCUGCUUGCCACGACCGAGUUGAACACGCCAGCCGUCCAUAAGCUCGCGCUGCACGAGACAAGUGCUGCUCAAAUCCUUUGUGCGAUGCAGCCUGCUCAGCUUUGCGUCUGUCUGUCAGAUUGCCGCAUCAUGACCGCUCGCGCGCGCCUCACCCUUGAGGAUCUGAUCACGGCCAAGAUCAAGGCCCUCAAGCCUGCCGGCGAUGGUGACAAUGAACAGCUCGCCAGCUCGCUGCCGCACGCGACAAUCAUUUGGCUGCGUGAGGUGGUUGCUGCAAGCCCUGUUCGCAAGCAUGUCUACAAGUGUUUGCUGUGGGGAUGCUUUGAGCGAAUGGGCCUUGCCGGCCUGCAGCUUUUGAUGGAUGCCGACAUACCUCUGGUCGAACUCGACGAUAAUUGCCUCGAUCAAGUCCUUCGCCACCUGGGCCCCAAUGUCGAGCGCCAUGAGCAGCUUGUCUGUUUUGUGCAAAUGGCCUGUCAGCAUUAUGCCAUGACCAAUCGCUUCAAGGAGUGUACCAUCAUGGCACGACUGAUGCGAGUCUGGGCCACUGAGAAGCGCCCUGUUCGCCGCUGGAUCAACGAGGAUCCUGCCUUGGCAGCGAAAUUGGCUCGCAUGUAUCUGCGAAAUCAUUUUCCUCUCAGUGCCAUCGAGCUUGCAACGAUUGUUCAACAUUUUGCAGACCAGUGGGACCUUGUGCAGGCUUGUCUUCGCAUUAGCUUUGGUGGCCAACCCCAAACAUCUUGGGAGGUUGUUUGCGCCCAGGCUAAUGGCUUGAUCUGUGAUGAAUAUGCUCUGGUCGUGGUCCAGGCUGCCGCCCAUUGGUUGCCCCACGUCUAUGAUCAGACGCUGCCUGAGGCAGACGCCGACACCCGUGCUGCUCAGCGCGUGCUACAGACAACCCUAGAGGCUUGGAUCAAGCAACAAUGUCUCAAACAAGGCAUUGUCAGCCUGUUUAAAAUGUGCACCCCCACUGAAGGGGAGGUGCUCACAUUGAACUCACAUUUGCGCCGUGAAGUCGGGCUCUUGGCUGGUCUGCCCAUGCCCGAGGCACUUCCCAUGAAUUUGGCGGAUCGGUCCGCGUUUUCUGCACUCAAGAUUUUGUGCAUGUUUGCCGUGUCUAAUGACAUUGACCUCUUGAAGCAGCUGCAAGACGCGCCCGUUGAUUACUACUCGAUCACUGUGCUACUGCAGCUCAAGUAUGCCGCGCCUGACGAGUUUGCCCGUCUGUACCGAGCAGGGGUUGGGUCCCACUUGCUGACGUAUCUGCGAGAGCAUCAACCUGUAUGGGGGGCCGAGGGGUUCCCGUAUGCUAGUGUCGUGCUUUUAGUCUCGGGCGACUCGGCCUUUGAGGAGGAGCUGCGCAUGGAGAUGCUCUUGACGCUUGCGCCACGACGCGAGGGCUUGCGUGCCCUCCGUGAAUUCAACACACUAUUUACAUGCCUACGCCCGGGUGACAUCUCUUGUCGCAUUUGCGAAGAGCAGAUUGCCUUUGCCAGUCUGGUUGGUAUGGGACGCCAGACCAGUGGCGGCGAGCACUACUCCAAGGCCGUGUGCCGGCAUCGUUGCUGCAAGGAUUGUCGCUUCCGGCAUGCCAAAGCCUGUGUCGAAGGCGGACAAACGACUGUACGGUGCCCCUUCCCCGAUUGCACCUAUGUCUUCUACCCCGACGAUGUACGAGGCAUCCUGCGGCGCGAUUGCAUCAUUCUUGGCCGCUACACCAAGCUGUUGAAGACGCAGCACGAAGCACAGCUCAAGGCCAUGCGGCAUGAUUUUCAUGCCGAUUACGAAGCUCUUGUUCAACAUUGCCGGUUUUGCCCCAGUUGUCGAGUUCCCAUUGAACGGUCAGACGGUUGCGACGCCAUGCGUUGCAUCUGCGGAACAACCUUCACCUGGUCUUCAAUUGCCCCGCGGUCGUAA